CCUGGGCCAUUUCGAGUGAGCUCCGGGCUUCCACAACCAUUUCCGAUCAACCACCAACAACAACCCCCAUCACCACCCAGAGAACGAAGCUUCUACCGACUCGGAGCUUGACCGCGAAACUCUGCAUCUCUGCUGCGCAUCUCUUCAAACUUUGGAUUACUCCAUUUCAUCCGCAUUCUCAUCAACACCCCACCUCAGUCGCUACCCAGCACCAUGUCUACUCUCGAGGACCUUGCUGGUCUGACCAGCCGCCGCGAUGACGACGACAAAAAGAAGGACGAGAAGAAGGACGACAAGAGCAAGAGACAAGGGGAUGGCGAUGCCGAGAUGAAGGAUGCCGAGCCCGAGGAGGAUGUGCUGGACGAGGAGAUUCUGGCUCUUGCCACAGAGGACAUCAACACUCGCCGCCGACUUCUCGACAAUGACGCCAGAAUCAUGAGAAGCGAGUACCAGCGGUUAACGCACGAGAAGCAGACUAUGUUGGAGAAGAUCAAGGAGAACAAGGAGAAGAUUGACAACAACAGACAACUGCCCUAUCUUGUUGGCAACGUCGUUGAGCUCUUAGACCUCGACCCCACCGCCGAAUCAUCUGAAGAGGGCGCCAACAUCGACCUGGAUGCUAUCCGCGUUGGUAAAUCGGCCGUGAUCAAGACAUCGACUAGGCAAACCAUCUUCUUACCCCUCAUCGGUCUCGUCGACCCAGACAAGCUGCAGCCUGCCGAUCUUAUCGGUGUGAAUAAGGACUCGUAUCUUAUUUUGGACACUCUGCCGGCUGAGUAUGACAGCAGAGUCAAGGCGAUGGAGGUUGACGAGAAGCCCACGGAGAAGUACAGCGAUGUUGGUGGUUUGGACAAGCAGAUCGAUGAGAUCAUCGAGGCUAUUGUCUGGCCGAUGAAGGAGGCCGAGAGGUUCAAGAAGAUUGGUAUCAAGGCUCCAAAGGGAUGCUUGAUGUACGGCCCUCCAGGUACCGGCAAGACGCUCUUGGCCAGAGCGUGCGCUGCGCAGACUGAUGCCACUUUCCUCAAGCUUGCCGGUCCCCAAUUGGUACAGAUGUUCAUUGGUGAUGGUGCCAAGCUUGUGAGAGAUUGCUUCGCUCUGGCGAAGGAGAAGGCCCCUGCGAUUAUCUUCAUUGACGAGUUGGAUGCCAUUGGUACCAAGCGUUUCGACAGUGAGAAGAGUGGUGACCGUGAAGUCCAAAGAACCAUGUUGGAGCUUCUCAAUCAGCUGGAUGGCUUCGCCUCGGAUGACCGCAUCAAGGUCAUCGCCGCCACAAACAGAGUGGAUGUCCUGGACCCUGCGCUGCUGCGUUCCGGCCGUCUUGAUCGCAAGAUUGAGUUCCCGUAUCCCAACGAGGAGGCCCGGGCUCAGAUUCUCAAGAUCCACUCCCGCAAGAUGAAGGUGGAUGAGAACGUCAACUGGGGCGAACUGGCGCGCAGCACAGACGAGUUUGGUGGUGCCAUGCUCAAGGCUGUUUGUGUUGAGGCUGGCAUGAUUGCCCUGCGGAUGGGGAAGAACAAGAUUGGGCAUGAGCACUAUGUGGAUGCCAUUGCUGAAGUACAGUCCAAGAAGAAAGACACGGUCAACUUUUAUGCGUAAUCUUGUUUUCGGUCUGGCUUUGUAUUCAAGCGGAGGAUGGGGCUGGGAAAUGGCAAUGGCACUGGAUGGCUGGGGGCGCAUGGUAGAUGUGCAUGUGCCGCGGUAUCAUAGAAGAAGUGGCGGAAGCCGGUCGUUGCGUAAUACUAUUCAGCAGAGCGACACGGGUUAUGAUGAACCAAUCUUGUGUGUCUUUGUGAUUUUCUUGUUCCUUG